AUGCAAUUCUCACUGGAAUUCCUCCUCACCUUGGCCUUUGCUGCCACCGCCAUUGCUGUCCCCCAGCAGGCCGCUUCCGUUAUUGGAGACGGUCAACCUCAAGUCGCCACCUCGGCCGCCGCUGUCUCGCAGAUCACUGACGGCCAGGUCCAGGCUGCAACAACCGCAGCUGCUGUCUCGCAGAUCACUGACGGCCAGAUCCAGGCUGCCACAACUGCCGCUGCCGUUUCCCAGAUCACUGACGGUCAAGUCCAAGCACCUGUACAAGUGCCAACCUCCACCGCAGCAGGUGUCUCCCAAAUCACCGACGGACAGAUCCAAGCCGGUACAUCAGGCGUCCCAGCACCAUCUGCCAACGGCACUUUCACCACCUCCAGCCCAUCCGCCUCACCAUUCGUUGGUGCUGCUGCUUUGGCCAGCUGGAACAAGGAACUCGUGGUGGCUGCCAUUGGUGCCGCUGCCGGGUUCGCUCUCUUGUAA